UUCACUGUGGAGCUCAAACGUCCAGCUUCACACACACACCAACACACCCACUGAUAGUCAGAGCAACAGCAGCACUCAGGUGACAUGGACGGACAAGUCACUCACACAUGUGCGGCACAACUUCAACUUGUUUCUGUGUCUUUGUGUAUUUAAAAUAAUAUUUAUUCAGGUGGUGCGUUUGAUUAAACUCGGUUAUUAUGGAUCGGCUGGAUGAAUGGAGCUUCAAGCCCAAGAAAAUGGACCUGGAGGAGGAUUUCUACUUCGACUACGGCGCGGAGGAAAUGACUGAUUAUCAAGACCCCAAUGAACUUGUGGCUGCUUUGAAACAAAAGGAGGAAGAGGUUAUUUUGGCAGCCCAGCUGGGAAACGCAUUGCUCCUGGAAAACCGACAGUUGAAAGAGCAGAGCGACAAACUUCAUGAACAAUACGCAGACAAGCUGGAGGAGCUGGAGCAGGGCAGGCAUGAGCUGCGGGUGAAGCUGGAGGGCUGCCAGUCCCAGUGGGAGAGCCAGGUGGGAGACCUGGAGAGGGAUGUGAGGGAGCUGAGCGGCCAGGUGGAGCGGCUCACCCGGGCCCUCAGCGAGGCCGAGAGGGACAAGAGUCGAGCCGAGCUGGAGCACAGCGAGCAGACACAGCGACUCAGGGAGCAGCUCAACACUGCGAUGGAGGUGGAGCGAGCCAUGUCCAGCGAGCUGCAGGCUCUGAAACAGGAGCUCCAACAAAAAGGAAGCCACAACAGGCCCCAGGACGAGGAGCUGAUCAGUGCCAUGAAGGAGCAGGUGCUGCGUCUCACCCAGAAGGAGCAGGCGCUGGAGGAGCGUUUAGAGUGUGUUAGUCAAGAAAACACUGAGCUGAGGGCGACUUUGGCCUCUCUACACUCACGCCUGGCUCUGCACGACCAACUCAGCCAGCAGCACAGCCAGCAGCUAGCCGAGGCGUGGCAGGAGGUGGAGGCGGCGCGGGGUCGCUCACAGCAGCUGCAGGCCCAGGUGGAGGAGCUUCAGGAGGAGGUGUCCCUGCAGGAAGGCAGGAGCCAGGGAGACGCCUCCCUGCUGUCUGAGCUGGAGAGCAGCCUGGAGACAGCAGCGCUGGGAGUCAGCAAAGAAGAGAUAGUGCAAGAAAUGGGCUCCAUCCUUCAGUUGCUGCUCCCGCUGACCCAGGAACUGAGCAGCUCAGGGAGGUCAGAGGUCACGGAUCAACAGGAGGAUCUGCAGUCCAUGCUGCACCAGCUGAAGGGAGUGGCCCAAACCUUGGCGCAGGCAUCCGGCCCUCAGUCGCAGGAGCUGAAUCGGGCUUUUGUUGACCGGACGAGCGAUCAGUGUGGGAAUCCGAGCGCAGCGCAGGAGCUGAGAGAUCAGAACGUCCAGCUGCAGCAGGAAAACGCUGAGCUGAAGCAGAAGCUGCAGAGCAUGCAGGAGCAGGCUGAAGUCGUCCAGCAGGCCAUCAGAGACCGAGAUGAAGCCAUAGCCAAGAAAAACCUGAUGGAGGCCGAGUUGGUGCGAAGUAAAAAUGACAUGAUGUCUCUGAACAACCAGUUAUUAGAAGCCAUCCAACGUAAACUGGAGCUGUCACAGGAACUGGAGGCCUGGCAGGACGACAUCCAGAUCAUCAUCAACCAGCAGCUCAGGACCCAGCAGCAGUCGGAGCAUCCUCAGAAGAAGCCCACCAACAACGGCGUGUCCUUCUUCCGCAGGCCCAGCAGGACGGCCUCCACCUGGACACGCCAGCCCUCCACCUCCUCCACGUGGAGUUCAGACACUAAUCAGAACAAAGCCCAAUCGCCCUGGAGGGACUGGUUAAGAAGAGGGAAAGGGGCGAAUAAUGGACAGUGAGUGCUGUACCUGCUGAGUGCUGAGGAGAGGUCAGAAGUCAUAUGUGCAGCUUCCUGCACGUCACGUAUGGUGAAAAGAAGCCAUAAAGACACUUGUAACUCAGUGAUGAACAACAGAGCCAGUCUGGACAAAGACUUGUUGAACAGGCACUUAAUCGUGCACAUUUCACUGAGAGGCUGAGCCUUCUAAACUGUGACAACCUGGAACACUAAUUUUUUCACAGAUUUACAUUUGAAGGUUUGAGACUGUAAAUAUCGUGCCUUAUUUUGUAACAUUGUGAAUGUCUUUAAGUCUGAGACUUUGUAUGUUAUACAGAGUAGAUGUAGAUCAGUUUUUCAGAUUAUUUAAUGUCACAGAUCAAAGAGAAAGAGGCGGUCAGGAAAUUACGAUCAAUUUGUAAUCGUACUGAACUGUCUUUACGCACCAAGUCUGAUGUGAGGAGUUACAUUUGUUACUGUCAGUUUUGUUUAAAAGCUAAAUGUGUAAAAAUAUUGAUUGUAAAAGAAACACUGAAUGUUUUCACGUAGACUGAAAUAGCUGUUAUGUUUUUAUAAUUUUGUUUUUGUUCUCUGAAUGACGACUUGGUGUGGAAUGAGUUUGUAUCGCAGACACAUGUAUGUGUACGUUCUGUGGCUCAGUGUUCAAUAUUAAAGCUGCUGA